GCUUCAGCGAGGUAUACAGUCAUCAAACAUACGUCACCAUAUAUAGCCCUUGUUCACGUUCGAUAUAUAUAGCCCGGCCUUGUUCAUGGCCGACGCUCACCACGACCUGUCUCUCUCUCUCUAUAUAUAUGUAUAUGUCCACCACAAGGUCCACAGCCUCGACUGCGCAACUGCGAGCCUCCACAGCAAAGAGAAGCAAAACCACCCAACAACCCGGCCGCUCGAGCAGCUCCAGCUCCAAGCCUCCAAGCAUCAUGUGCAGGGUGGCGUUGACGAUCCCGUCGCUCGUCUGGCUACGGCGCGCGCUGCGGCGGUGGCGGUCCCGCGCCGCGGAGGCGGCAUCGUCCUCCUCUGACGCCGCGGUGCCGGCGGGGCACGUCGCCGUGUCCGUGCAAGGCACGGCGGCGGCGCCGAGGCGGUUCGUGGUGCGGCUGGCGCACCUCAGCCACCCGGCGUUCCUGGAGCUGCUGCGGCAGGCGGAGGAGGAGUACGGCUUCCCGGCCGCCCCGGGCCCCGUGGCGCUCCCCUGCGACGAGGACCGCUUCCUCGACGUCCUCCGCCGCGUCACCUCCUCGGCCUCGUUUUCCUCCCAUUCCUGUGGUCCGGUGGUGGCCGACCGGCGCGCGCGCGGCGACGCGCGGCCGCUGCUGCGCGGCAUGGCCGUCGAGAGGAACCUCGUCUGGUGACCGCGACGCGUGCGAGCGAGACAAGCCGGCAGCGGGAAAAUUGAACGACUCGCAUGGUGGGCAUGCAGUUCGUGCCCCUCAUACGAUCGAGUGGGGGGGGGUGGCGGGCGUCCUCCUCCCGUGCCCUACGUGAAGACGAAGGCCGCGAGCGUCGAGCGAGGCUGCGAGGGCAACAACUGCAACCGGGGAAGCUAGCCACGGGGCAGCUAGUCUUGUAGACUGUGCUUGGAGGGAAAAAAAAUUUGGUCCAAGAUAAAGAGAGCGUACGUGAGGAUUAUAUUCUUUGAUUUUGGUGGUGUUUUCUUCAUCUCUGUAAUAACCCAACAAUUAAUCCAUCGUGCAAAGUAAUAAACAGGUCAUUGUUGUCUUCCUCCGAAUGAAA